GUUUGCAAUUAUGUGUGGCUAUAUGUCUCAGUUUGAAAGUGUACAAAACAAAAUCAGGAAUGGUUAUCUCUUUAAGGAGCACCUAGACAAAGCAAUUGAACUUAAGCCUCAAGAUCCUUUUUUAUAUUACCUAAAUGGAAGAUGGUGCUAUUCAGUAGCUCAGUUGUCUUGGAUUGAAAAGAAAGUAGCUGCUGCUCUCUUUGGGACUCCACCAACUUCAACAGUAGAAGAAGCAUUGCAGAAUUUCCUUAAGGCAAAAGAAAUGCGUCCAGGAUAUUCCAAAUACAAUUAUGUGUAUUUGGCAAAGUGCUAUAAAGAUCUUGGCCAGAAAAACAAUGCACUGAAGUACUGUGAUUCUGCACUGUCAAUUCUCUCAGUUACUAAUGAGACUGAUCCAGAAUUCAGCAAAGUCUAUAGAAACAUAAAGGCCAGUGUUCGUUGGCGUUUAAUUCAGGGUCUUCAUCUAGAUGUGGGGAGUGUAUCUGGAAGAAACUCUCCCAAGUUCCUUGGAGAAGAAACAAAUCAAACUGUCUUGGCAAUACAAAAAGAAGCAAGCUCUUCUGGCCCCAUCUAUGUUUGUGUAACCCAUGCAUGUGUGGUGCUGGUAAAUGAAGCACUAGAACUAAGAAUGUGA